AUGGAGGCGAUGUUUGCGUCGGCCUCGCACGUUGGACGAGAAUUGCUAGGACUGAGGGAGUUAAUGCGUGAGAUUGGAUUUCAAGUGGAGGCCCCAAUGUCAAUUCUCAUGGACAACCAGGCUGCUAUCAGACAGCUGGAGACUGAAGGAAGAAUGUCGAGUGUCAAGCACGUUGAUGUGCGCAUGAAGUUUUUAUGCGAUUAUGCGAGGAAGGACAUCGUGGAAUAA